AUAAAGUCUGGCCACCCAAGUCUUUAUCUUGCAAUUUUUCUUCGCUACGGCAGUUGCUGCAGAUUACACUAUUAAUAUCCAGUCUUUCCAUGUUAUAAUCUCAUAUUUUCAAAGCUGUGUACAUAAGAGCUGUAUACUCUCUUCCAAACUAAUCCAUGGAAACCAAAACUCAUCAGCAGCUUCACAUUUUUUUCCUUCCAUUUAUGGGCCAAGGCCACACAUUACCCCUCAUAGAUAUAGCAAAACUAUUUGCUUCACGUGGUGAAAAGUCCACCAUAAUAACCACCCCAGCCAAUGCACCACUCUUCACCAAGGCAAUCCAAACAAGUAGAAGUUCGGGUUUAGAAAUUGAAUUUCUUCUCAUCAAAUUCCCAUCUACCGAAGUUGGGUUGCCUGAAGGUAUUGAAAGUAGAAACUGGGCUGAGACUGGAGAGAUGGCGGAAAAGUUCUUCAAAGCUCUCACUCUGCUUAAACAAGAGGUAGAGCGGCUUUUGGACCAACAUCAUCCUCAGUGUCUUGUUGCAAGCUCGUUGUUUCAUUGGUCUACGGAUCUUGCUGCCAAGUUUGGCAUUCCAAGGCUCAUCUUUCAGGGACCUGGUUUUUUCUCCUUGUGUGCUGCAAUGAGUGUGACACUGUACCAACCUCACAUGAAGGUUGCAUCUGAUUCAGAAUCUUUUCUUCUUCCUAAUCUCCCGCAUGAGAUCAAGAUGACAAGAAACGAACUACCAUAUUUUCUUACUCAUCAAAAUAGCGAGGGAGAACUCUUCAAAUUGCUCGGAGCAUUGAAAGAGACUGAGGAAAGGAGCUAUGGGAUUAUCAUUAACAGCUUCUAUGAACUUGAGCCAGAUUAUGUAGAUCACUAUAGGAAGGUGUUUGGGAGGAAGUCAUGGCAUAUCGGCCCAGUUUCAUUAUGCAACAAGGCAGAAAAAGAUAUAUCAGCUAGGGGAAGGGAAGGCUCAGUUGAUGAUGUACAUGAGUGCUUGCAAUGGCUCAAUUCCAAGAAACCCCGUUCGGUUGUUUAUGUAUGCUUUGGAAGCCUAAACAGUUUCAGUGACUGUCAGCUCUUAGAAAUUGCCUUGGGUCUUGAGGCUUCACAACAGCAAUUCAUUUGGACUGUCAAGAAGGAAAAGAAUGACAAAGAAGUGUGGUUGCCUGAAGGAUUAGAGCAGAGAAUGGAGGGAAAGGGACUUAUUAUAAGAGGUUGGGCUCCCCAACUACUGAUUCUUCAACAUGAAGCAGUUGGAGCGUUUCUUACUCAUUGUGGGUGGAACUCAAUCCUUGAAGGAGUGACUGCCGGGGUUCCAAUGAUCACCUGGCCGGUGUUUGCAGACCAGUUUUACAAUGAGAAGUUGGUGACUCAAAUACUUGGGAUUGGGGUUGCUGUGGGUUCUCAAAAGUCGGAGGAUGGUGGUGUGAAGAGCGAAGCCAGUGUGAAGAGGGAGGCCAUAGAGAAGGCUGUGACUGAUAUCAUGGAGGGUGAGGAAGCUGAGGAAAUAAGAAGCAAAGCUAUUGCGCUAGGCGAGAUCGCAAGGAGCGCAGUUGAAGAUGGUGGUUCAUCGUUCUUGGAUUUAACUUCUCUAAUUGAAGAGCUGAGGUCCUUUGGGUCUUGAUUCUCUUGAAGCAGCCAAAAUGCAAUAUUUUCUGCUUCAAGAAGUAACGGUUGCAUCUAAUACUAGUUUAAAUUGUUGGUAUACCUAUAUGUAAUGUGAAAGUUGAAAUAAAUCACAUGAGAGAAAUUAUAGUGUU